AUGCGCUUAAAACCGUGCCUCGUUCCUCUCCCUCUUCCAGCGCACGUUCAGACGUUCGACAAUGCCAACGCUAUCUACGGACUGUACCGCCGCGGCUCCCUCUCCCUCUCCAUGGAAGUGGCUCUGACAUUCGGCAGCCUCGGCGACAUCAUCCAGCUCUGCCAACUCGCCAUCCAGCUCGGCCGCGCAGUCGGCGUGGGAUGCGGGGCCGCCGGCGGCGGAAGUACCAGGGAAUACCAGCAUCUCCGGCAUGACCUCGACGUCCUGGUCGUGGCCACGUACCAGCAGCACGAGCUCUCGCCGUGUCUCCAAGUCCUGGACGAUGUGUCCAAGUCGGUCGUCGACGAGUGUGCGAGCCUCAUCCAAGACACGCUUCAGCACCUGCGCUCGCGCUACGGGGGCAGUCUCGGCGCAGAAGGAUCCGGGAACAAGAUCAGGGAUAUAGUCAAGCGUAUUGAGUGGAGCGUGAGAGAGACGCAGAGGCUUGAAAAGCUUCGGGAGAAGUUGCGCGAGGGGGUGCAGAGGCUGUCGCUGCUGACGGGCCUGGCUGCAGAGAAAUCCGCUCGAGUCGACAACGCGACCGUGUUGGCGCGGAUCGAUGAGGUUCAGCGGCUGGCGUCGCAGGCGCGAAGCGGCCAGGGGGAAAUACUCGCGUUUCUAAAGAAGCAUCGCGCCGCGAAUGAGGACCAGGGACACAAGCAGAUACAAAAACUUGGCGAGGUCUCUCGCCAGCUCGACGUGCAGGAGAAGGGGGGCCGCGCUAUUCUAGCGGUGGCUAGGGAUGCGUUCCGUGGCAUUAUCGAGGUCAAGAAGCUUCUGGCACAGGUGUCCCAGAAUGUCAUUGACUUGCAGGUCGUAGCCUCCAAUUCCAUAUGCAUCCGCCCGCUUGAUCCCACCAGGGGGGUGCCUGUCAUUCUGGAGGACGCCUUGGGACGAUCGCUUGAGAUCCCAGCUCAGUGGAUAGAUACUCUGGAGUGGGAGGUGCUGAAUGGCCUGCUUGCCGGCUACUUCAAAGGCCACAAGGGCCAGGACAUGGUUCAAAGGCAGGACUACGCUCUGGAAGAGAGCACGACUGGUCGAGAUCUCAACACGUCCUUGCCGCUACGCCGCAGCUUGAGAAGAGGCAUGAAGAUCAAUAUGAGCAUGAUUUUUUACGGCACAGAAGUCGUGGUGGGGGCUUGUCCUCGUUGUCACACGGUGACAGACGCACCGGAAGAUGUAAAUGUUCAAUGCCAAACCGACGACUGCGGUAUGUGGUUCCGUAUGCAGAAGCAGGUUGUCAAGGCGUGUGGUCUGGCCUCUACCACUGAGGACGGCGACGGCGCUUCUUCCGAGACGCUUGCUGCAGGAGAAGCGACGGCCGUGACGAGCAUACCCGUCGAACCGGGAGACUUCCAGAGGGUACGGCUCCUGCGUCAAUACGAAGUGCCACCACGGCCCAAUGCCCAAGUCGUUGAUGCCGAGCUGGCUCCGCCGCCGGCUCCAAGUACUCCGAGCAAUGAGCUCGCAGAUUCUUCGGAUACGGAGCCGAUGAGAUCAGAGCUUUCUGAAUCGGAAGCCUCAGUCCCGGCAGGAGGGUCGAAGCAUCGAUCAAAGCGAGCUGAUACGGGCUCCCUCCCCUCCAACACUUUUGCUCGCGCUGGUGCGGGCCACAAGGACAAACGCUGCGGGUGCACCACAGACAUGUUCACCUACGUAUACCCCGAUGGCCACUCAGAGACCAUAGCCAGGCCAUCUCUUUGUCCCCAAUCCCGCCACGGCUUGCCCUGCCGCAGGAACGUCGUCUUUCAGCACCCGCCGCUUUAUAUCCCUUUUGGCGUAUGCCCGCCGGGAAUGGCUCCGCCUCCGCCGCCUCUCCCGGCUCAUUAUUCUGCGCCGCCUACGUCCGACCGGCGUUUCUACCCGGUCACGCCUGGUCCGGUUCCUUGCUCAGUCCCGUCUGUACAGAACAUGCCUUCUGCAGGCUUCGACGCCGAUGUGUCUGACCUCUCCUUGCCGCGGAGUAGUAGCCUGCCCCGAAAGUCUCGCUCUCGCGGGUCUGCCGUAUACGUUAAUGGUGUAUGUGUUGAUGGUCAAAAACGCCAUGCCACUGCCGCAGCGAGGCAGACCCGGCUUCGUGAGCGACCUGUAGCUACUGGCAGCGCGCCUCUGCCAGGCCACGGAGACGCAGGCAGUCGUAACCGGGAAGUUUACAGAGCCCAGGAGCCUCGGAGGGAGAAGAACAGCCGGCGGAAGAGACUCGCGGAGGUGACGCACACGCGGACGACGGACAUGGGUGAGGGGAGCGCAACUCUCCGGGACCAGGGACAUGGCGCGAACCGAGAGAUGGCGGCAGGAUCGGUAGUGGUUCCGCCUCAGGCGAACUGGUAUAGGCAUAGGCCUCUCGGGGGGCAAGGCAGGGAGGAGGAGGCACAGCGGAGGCGACUGAUGGAGCGCAUGAUGCCUAGGAGGCGGGCGACGGUAGAACCGGCAAGUCAACGUCGGAGAAAGGUGGCCGAUAAUGAUGGCGUGUACAGGUGGGAGUGA